AUGGCUGAAAAUCAUCUUCCUCAAGGAGAUGACGUUGUUCAGCAGGAAAAUAAUGGCUUUGGACCACUUUUCAAGCGUCGUGGGAAAACUGCUAUUGUCGCUUCAGCUAUCGCGGUUGUGAUUAUUGGCGCCAUGCUAUUCUUCACGGUGAAAGGGAAAGAGAAAGAGUUUCCUUCCCCGGUGUUUACAGUAGCCCUGCAGACCUUGAGUGUCGUUCUCGGAGAAAUGAUACGAAGAUUGUUCUUACUGUCAGAGGAGUUCAGACACAGACACUCGCGAUACGGAGGAAAGUGGAAGAGACUUUUUCAGGAAGUUUUCCCUUUCAAUUAUUGCAAGCGUGUUUUAGUCGCUGCUUUCGUUUCCACUUUCAUAGUAUGCUGCCAUCAGUUGUAUGAAGGAUACGAAAUAUUGUCUCGUCCAGAUUUCGUCAUUUUGUUUUUCCUGAACUCUUUCCUGGUUGGUCAGUUGUUGUUCCUUGUGGGCCUUCGACAGCUCUCUCCCGUAGAAACAUCGGAUUUGAUUGAAAAGGAAAACAAGAAUGUAGCCGAUGGGCUGGCUUGGGGCUACUACUUUGGUUAUCUUAGGCUGGUGCUACCGAAACUGAAAGAUCAGAUUGGCAAAUCAGAGCUUUUUUGUUAUGAAAUAACAAAGAAAAAGCUUUUCAUUUUAGUGCCCAAAACGUGCUUCAUUUGUGAUGACAUCACAUGCGCAGACCCCAGGGUAAAAUGGGUCGGCAAUCUCCCAGAGCUUAAAGUUAGUAGGGGUGGAAUUAAGGAAGAAAUGUACAAGCAUUCGGUACAUAAGAUAGAAAUGCCCCGCCCUGAUGGAGCAGUAGAAAGGUACCACUUUAUCUUGGAGUAUGCCACGCCUCUGAUGAACCUUUAUGAUAUGUCUCAGCAUGCAGACGCCCCCUUUGAUCGUAAGGAGCAGGAUCAUCAGGUAGGCUAGUUUCUAGUAUUUUCUCUUUGAUUUUCAAAGUAGAAGAGAAUCCUGAUCUGAUCACCCCAAACAAUAUUGUGGCUGAUCCCUGGGUAAUUGGGUCAAUUUCUGUUGUGUGUAUACCACUGGCUACUUAGAACCCCCCACCCUCCCCCAAUAAUCUCUUCUGUGGUCAUUUGUAGAUCCCAUCUAAGGCGCUUUUAAGUGAAUGUUACUUUCACCUUCCCAACUUAGUCACUUUCUGUUUAAUGUAUCUGCCUUAGAAAGCCUUCUAAGUAACUCAUCCUAACAUGAAUCGACUCAUUUGACCAUGAAUCUUCCCAGUUGGCCAUACAUUGUCUCAUCCUAAAAUCUGGAAGAGUGCAACCCCAUUAUUGGAACUGUAUUGAAAUUGCAAACCCAUUAUUAAAUAGUAAAUUCAGCUAUGAAAAUGCAAGCCAUCCAGCAGCACAUCCUCAUUAGCUUUUUAUUAGGAAGUACCCUGCCCUUGGGAUUGGUCCUUAUAAAUAUGGCUUGUUUGAGGUGAGAUGCAAUCUAACUGGAACUUCUCUUCAUUGUAACUUAUAGGUGGUGUUAUUCAUCCGAAAAUUGAGGGAAAUUCUGGAUAACUCCGAAGAGUGCAAAGGGACUUGUGAGUUGGUGCCAAUUUCAGGACGUCGUCCACAUGAGAUCUCAGAUGUCCUGAUUAGGAUGCAUAAUGAUCCCAGCAUAGAGGUGCACAAU